AUCACAGUUCAGCUUCAGCUCCUGAUUCGCUCGUUGCAUCCGCAAAACCAACCUCUUACAAAAUGAAACUGUUCGUAGUAGCCGCCCUGAUCGCCGUCGCCGCCGCUGGCCGCCUGGAGCACCUCGAGCGCUCCUACCUGCCCCCGGGCAACACCUACCUUCCCCCCGGGCAGAGCAACGGAGCUAACGGCUUCGGUGCUUCUGGACACAGCAACGGCUUCGGAUCAGCUCAUGGCAAUGGAUUUGGUUCCUCUCAUGGCAAUGGCUUUGGUUCCUCUCAUGGCAAUGGCUUUGGUUCCAAUGGAAACGGAUUCGGCUCCCACGGCUCUGUAGGCCAUAAUGGAUUCGGUUCUGGAUCAGGAAGCAAUGGUUUCUCUGGCGCCACCUCCAACCAAUACCUGCCUCCCAACCGCGCCGCCGCUGGCUCCAACGGACAUUCUGGAUUCGGUGCCUCUUCUAACGGUUUCGGUUCCCAGCCCGCCCAGCUGUACUCCGCUCCCCACUCCCAGUACUCCGCCUCCCAUGCCGCCCCCAGCUCCCUUUACUCCGCCCCGCAGUCUGCCCCCAGCUCCCUGUACGGGGCUCCCCAAUUCGGCGCCUCCGCCCACUCCCAGUCAGCUGCCAGCCGUCAAUACCUCGCCCCCAGGGUGUCCCAGAGCGCUCCCCAGCAGGCUUUUGACGAGCAGACCGGCUACCACUACUAAGUACACACGUACUUAAUAAGUGAUACUCUGUGUUCAUAUGUAUUAUAUUACAUUAAUGUUUGAAUGA